AUGUCGACAAAUACGGAGACAACUCCCCAGACUGCACACGAUACCACACAACCUUCUUCCGUUUCGGCGUCCACGGGUGGUGCUGCCCUCGAGGCACCCUCGGCUGCGACGCCCGCAUCACCGAAUCGACCGCGCAAAGUUGCGCCUCUCCCGUUGGGUCCUAUCGCCCACCAGCCUUCGGUCCCGACUGCUCCCGAAACCUUAAGCGCGAUAGUUGACGCGCAGCAUACGCCGCAGCAGUUUGCACCCCGUCAAGCACAGCUUCAGCAGAUACAGCCGCGACCAUCGUCCGCCGACGCGGGCCCGCCUCCGUCACCAUCGGGCGCCAUCCCAUGGACAGGUCCCACCUACGCGAACGGUUACAAGGACGGACGCGUUAAGGACCCAGUUCCCAGCAACCUUAGGGGCAAGGCCAACCCGCACGGCGGUAGCUUUAGUGUUAUGCAUAUUGACAUCAACACAGCCGAGGCGAAGAGACGGGACGAAAUUGCGAAACGUACCAGUGAGAGGACAGAGCGUGCCGCCAAGAUGGCGCAGAUGGCCGGAUAUACAUCUUUUUCUCGGAGGAGACUCGACGAGGCACCGAACUCACCGGUAGCCAAUCUGUCGAGUUCCUCUCUUAGCAUGACAUCAACCGCCACCCCGAAUGCACAGACUGGUCCCCGACAGACCAGUCUCGACCCAAAACAAACCAAAGAGGAGCAGGCGCGCCUGUUGACUCUCCUUCGAACCCUCAACCCAGUUUCAGUCGUCGAUCAGCUCUGCAAGGGACUUGCCUAUUUCGGCGGCAUUCCAGGUGCUCCUCCUCCCGAGGACGGAGUCUUCCCGGAAAGUGCUGAGAAGAACGGCUCUGGGAACCAAUUUGUUGGCUUUAUAGCUGAAAUAUUUCCACAUCAGAUCAGCAACCAAGCUCUGAAUAUGAGCCCAACGCGAUCAUACACUUUACUUCAAGACACGAUUGACGACGCCUCCAUGCCUCCGAAAAACAUGUCUGCAUCGCCGCCCAAAGAACCCGGCAAACGACCAAGAGGUCGCCCGAAGGGCAGCAAGGCCACCAAGGUCCGUAAGGACAAGGGUAUGAGGAAAGUUCUUGCCAAGGCGCCUGGGGGCCACGGUGCUUCGAUGGAUCCCACAUCAUCAGUGGAUGUUGAUUCAAGCUGGGUCGAUGUGGAAGAGAACGUAGGACACACACCAGGCGGGCAGGGAGUUCCCGGUCACAUGGCACCCGCCGGCGAUCAACAAUAUUCGGUUCCGAAAAAGAGAGGAAGGCCCAAGGGAUCAAAGAAUCGACCAAAGGAACAUACAGGGGAUCCAAACGCAAACGGCGAUAUGGGUACGCCCAACCCCAAAAUGAAAAAGCCCAAGAAGCAGAGAAACGGGGCUGUCGAUGACGGAGAGCCUUUCGACAUGAAUGGCCAUCAUCAAGGCAACACGGCUGAGUCUGCCAUGGCGGCCAUGAGGUCCUUACAACACACGAACAGUAUGGCCCCGAUCUCACUCACGCCAACCAAUCAGCCCAACUCGACCACAUACAUGAGCCCACCAGCGCAUACAAUAGGCACGCCGACCGGAGCAAAACGGAAGAGAAACCCGAUGACCGCUUCGAACCCAGAUGGGAAUGGACCAGAGACAGCUGGUCCUGGUAUGGGCGGAAUGCCACAUUCUUUCAUGGCAAAUGGGCAGCUACCACCGCCAGUCGCCAUGUCUCAGCCACCCAACAAGCGCCAGCGCCAGAGCAGAGAUGGAAAUAGUGUAUCAGGAACGCCCGGAAAUGUGUCUGGUGCACCAGGAGAUUCGAGUCUCCCUGUUGUGGGAGAUGCCGUGGUGGGGGAUGAUGGUUUUGAAAAUCGAAUUUCGACAGUUACCAACGAUGACAUCGAGACGUUCGAGGCGCUACAGUCCCAGCUGGAACAGGAGACGGAGAGAUCUCGCGUUCAAAAUCACAGCCCACAUGGACAAGUGCCUUUGUCGCAGUCACGUGGGCCAAAUCACUAUGAGAACUCCAACCACAGCAUACCCCUUGGGACACAGCACAGCAGUACUCGUGUCUCAGAGGGCGAGGGUCGUACUAAUAGCACGAGCCAGCCAUUUCAGCAGCAACAGCAGCAGCAACAGCAGCAGCCGCCACCGCCAUCGCAGCACCACACACAACAGACGCGACAACUGUCAGUCUCGUCCCAGCCACAGCAGCAGGCUCCAAUGCAACCUCCUCGCAGCUCAUCCCAGCCAUACUACGCGCAGGUCGACGGCAACUCCUCAUACUCCCAGCAAUCUCAGCAAUCUCGGCCGCAGACGCAACAGCAACCGGCAUCAUCGCAGCAGUUUCCAGCUCAAUCCCAGUCCCAGGCUCCGCAGCAUUACAACUCGCAGCAAUCGCGGCAACAGCAACCGUAUAACUCGUAUCAGCAUUCGCCUCAAGCCUACACUGCACCCCAGCAGACGGCUUCGAGGUAUCCGCUCUCCCAACAACAACAACCACAACAACAACCGCAACAAUCCCACCAACAACAAAGACAUCAACCACAAAGGCCGACGGCAAACACAGCAGUCAACGACACCGCCUACAGGCCAAGCAGCACGACCUCAGCCGUGGGAUUCAGCUCACCUUCAUUCGGCUCGCAGCAUGGCAGCCAGCAGGCAUCAGCGGCGCCCUCGGUGAACACAUAUGCCCCGACUAGAACGAACUCUUAUAGUAGCACGCCCAUGCGUCAACGACAGUCCCAGCCUGGUCCAGUAUCUCAUAAUAACAUGUCGGCCAAUAUGGAAUCAUUCCACGGCUUCGAUACUGGCACCAACUCACUGUUCGACAAUAUGGGUCUCGAUCCUUCGUCCCAUGCGCCACUUGGACUCGCCGCUCCGUAUAAUCUCAACAGCGGUGGUGGCGUGGCGCGUUCUUCUUCAGGGUCUACAACAGAUUUUGGUCAAAGUUUCCCUGCAGAUAGAUACUACAAUGGUGUUCGUCGCUAG